CUAUCUAUCUAUCUAUCUAUGAUGUGUGUGAUACGUGUAAAACAUCUCACUUAUUCUUUAUAAUAAAGCCCAGAUACCGUAACACCGAGAGCGCCAUCCAGUCAAGAGCACACGCAAUAAAUAAAUAUUUCAACAUACAGUACUUAGCCGCCGAGUGAUUGCGCAUCUGGAUUUUUCAUUUUUUAAAAUGUAAAAUUCUGCCCGAGAGGCAGCUUUAGGUACGCCUGCCUCUGACGUGCGCUCACCGGACACCAGAUAUCCUACUCUAGGAAACUCACGCUUUUCCUUCACUGCUGAUCCGUAGCGCAAUGGGCGGAAUUUAGAUGCGGGACGUUGUAUCAAGCAGGAAAAGCGAUAUUCCCAGGAGCGAGUGGCCCCUCGUCAGACUUCCGGAUGGUUUUAUGGUGUGCGCGCGCCCUCCUGCUUUCCAAUAAGAAGAAUCCCCGCUGUUUAACCCUAUCUUCUCUUCUCAUCUGUUUCUCUCAUUAUUGUGAUCGAUGCAAGCAAAAUCUGACAGCUAGUAUACAGGGCAUUAGCAACAAGGAAAUCAGGGAAUACCUCGGAAAAGAUGGAGAAAAAGGGCAGUCUCGUGAUAAUAUUGUCCUAAUAGACGCUUUUACUCAAACUGUUGCAUUUUUCGGGCACUUUUUAUUCGAUGAAUUUGGUAAGCUUUACUUCUGAUGGAACUAGAUGCUUGACAGUUUUGUGUUAAGCAAAGGAGGAGGAGGAAGAGGAGGAGGUGUUGCCUUCGGCAGCUCUAGAUCGCAUCUUUUUUUAAAAAGCUGCCAUGCGAGCGGAGUAGCCAACUGGCAGCGGGCGCGGGCGAGCAGUGCGUUUCCCGCAGACGCUCGCUCUUACAAUCGGGUGCCUUUUUGCUGAAGAACACUUUGCCCCAGUUGCACAAAUACGCUUUACUGCCCGGAUGCAUUGUCAGUAGAACUGUAAGGAAGAAAGUAAUCGAUAAAAAAGAAGCCCUAUAGCUGAUAGGAAAUUUCAUCCCUCGCCUUAACCCACCGAAGAAUCCCGACGUGCAACAUCUAAAUGCAUUCAAGUAUUGUUUCUUUGAUCUGCCGUCUGAGCAGCCACAAGAUACUUGGUGGAAAUGGAAAAAUGUUCAUCCCCAAGACCAUCGAUUUUCAGAAGACUAAAUAUGCAAGAUUCAUGAACAACCGAGUUCCACCUAACAAGAGAUACCAGCCAACAGAGUAUGAACAUGCGGCCAACUGUGCUACCCAUGCACUUUGGAUAAUUCCCAGCAUUCUUGGCAGCUCAACUCUGUACUUCUUAUCUGAUGACCACUGGGAGACCAUCUCCGCCUGGAUCUAUGGUUUUGGCUUGUGUGGCCUUUUUAUUGUGUCGACCAUCUUUCACACCAUCUCAUGGAAAAAGAGCCACCUCCGAAUGGUUGAGCACUGCUUUCACAUGUGUGAUCGUAUGGUGAUAUACUUCUUCAUAGCUGCCUCAUAUGCCCCAUGGCUGAACUUGAGAGAACUAGGACCAUGGGCUUCUCACAUGCGAUGGAUCAUCUGGAUAAUGGCCUGCACUGGGACUGCUUACGUGUUUUUCUUUCACGAAAGGUACAAGAUUGUGGAGCUCGUCUGCUACGUAGUGAUGGGUGUCUUUCCAGCACUGGUCAUACUAUCUAUGGCUCAGCGAGAUGGACUCUUUGAGCUCAUCCUAGGAGGAUUUUUUUACUGCCUGGGUAUGGUUUUCUUCAAGAGUGAUGGCCGUAUACCUUUUGCCCAUGCCAUCUGGCACCUGUUUGUGGCAAUUGGAGCUGGAAUUCACUACUAUGCCAUUUGGAGGUACCUUUACACAACAGACAAUGCAGAUGCGAAAACCUCAAGAUAGCAAUCUGCUCUAUAAAUAUGUGACAUAUAGGAAGAUUGUGGUGCUACAUCAGCAAGUGAAGAGGUGUCCUUGUCUCCUUCAGUGUUGGUUUUUUCUUUAUAUUUUUCUAGAAACUGAUUUCUCUAACAGUGUUUCCUUUACAUUUAAAUUGAAAGUGUACAACCAGGAAAAAAAAAAGACAGGCUUAGUAAAUUAAACACGAGAAGUGUUAAGUGAAUUAGACAUGAGAAGUGUCAGAGUGUGCAAAACAGAAAUACUUAGGAAUCUCAUCAGCCUAUUAACAAACUGUGGUGACGUGAGAUGAAUGUCUGG